UCCCAGCUCUGGCAGUUCUUCGCAUCCGCGUCCUCCCUCGCGGCUCGCGCGUUGCAUCAUCCGCAGCCCGGCCGUAGUGGGAAGGCUGGGCGCGGCGCUAUCCCCUCAGGCCCGGACUCCUGCUGGUCGCUCGCGCCUCUGCUGGCCGGCUCCGCACCUGAUUCCUGCUCCCAGCCCGGGAGCCCCCCAGCGGGCCGGCUCCCAGAACCCGCGGGGUAUAGCUGGCAGUCCUCGCCCCUCUGCGUGAUCCGUUCACUGAGAGCCCUGUCUUUCCCCCGAGCCCAAGUUCCCCGCUUCCUCCAGCUGGGAGCCGCAGACAGCGCCAUGGAGAAGAGCAGCGAGACCGAUGGCUACCUAGACAGCGUCCAAACGGGGCCUGCAGCGGGGCCUGGCGCGUCUGGGACGGCUGCGGGACGCGCGCGACGUUGCACCGGCUUCUUGCGGCGACACGCGCUAGUGCUGCUCACGGUGUCUGGGGUGCUGGCCGGCGCCGGCCUGGGCGCGGCGCUGCGCAGGCUCGGGCUAAGCCGCACGCAGGUCACCUACUUGGCCUUUCCGGGCGACAUGCUGCUCCGCAUGCUGCGCAUGAUCAUCCUGCCGCUGGUGGUCUGCAGCCUGGUGUCGGGCGCCGCCUCCCUCGAUGCCAGCUCUCUUGGGCGCCUGGGCGGCAUCGCCAUUGCCUACUUCGGCCUCACCACGCUAGGCGCCUCCGCGCUUGCCGUCGCUUUGGCGUUCAUCAUCAAGCCUGGGUCUGGCGCACAGACCCUUCGGUCCAGCGACCUGGGGCUGGAGGAUUUGGGGUCCACUCCGGUUCCCAAAGAGACAGUGGACUCUUUCCUCGACCUGGCCAGAAACCUGUUUCCCUCCAAUCUUGUGGUUGCGGCUUUCCGUACGUAUGCAACUGAUUAUAAAGAGUUGACCCACAACACAAGCUCUGGAAAUGUAACCCAUGAAAAGAUCCCCAUUGGCACUGAGAUCGAAGGGAUGAACAUUUUAGGAUUGGUCCUUUUUGCCCUGGUGCUAGGAGUGGCCCUAAAGAAACUUGGCUCUGAAGGAGAAGAACUCAUCCGUUUCUUCAAUUCCUUCAAUGAAGCGACAAUGGUGCUGGUAUCCUGGAUUAUGUGGUAUGUGCCCGUGGGCAUCAUGUUCCUGGUUGGGAGCAAGAUUGUGGAAAUGAAGGACAUCAUUGGGCUCGUGACCAGCCUUGGGAAAUAUAUCUUCACGUCUAUAUUGGGCCAUUUUAUUCAUGGAGGAAUUGUUCUGCCACUUACUUAUUUUGCUUUCACACGAAAAAACCCAUUCAGGUUCCUUGUGGGCCUCCUCACACCAUUUGCAACAGCAUUUGCCACCUGCUCCAGCUCAGCGACCCUUCCCUCUAUGAUUAAGUGCAUUGAAGAAAACAAUGGUGUAGACAAGAGGAUCAGCAGGUUCAUUCUCCCCAUUGGGGCCACUGUGAACAUGGACGGAGCAGCCAUCUUCCAGUGCGUGGCUGCAGUGUUCAUUGCCCAGCUCAACAACAUCGAGCUGAGAGCAGGACAGAUUUUCACGAUUCUAGUGACAGCCACGGCGUCCAGUGUUGGGGCAGCAGGUGUACCAGCUGGAGGAGUCCUCACCAUCGCCAUUAUCCUGGAGGCCAUUGGGCUGCCCACGCGGGACCUCUCUCUAAUCCUGGCUGUGGACUGGAUUGUGGACCGCACCACCACGGUGGUGAACGUGGAAGGGGAUGCCCUGGGUGCGGGCAUCCUCCACUACCUGAAUCAGAAGGCGGUGAAGAAGGGGGAGCAGGAGCUGAGCGAGGUGAAAGUGGAAGCCGUCCCCAACUCCAAGUCGGAGGAGGAGACCUCACCGCUGGUGACACACCAGAACCCUGCUGGCCCUGUGGCCAGCGCCCCAGAAAUGGAAUCCAAGGAAUCAGUCCUGUGAAGGUGCUGGACUUCGGGCUCACCUGCCAGCUGUGGUGUACCACCCUGUCAGUCACCACUGGACCCUGGGUGCCACUCUCAGCCUCCCAAGCAGCGCUUUGGCCCAGUCACGGGUGUGAGGGGUACUUUUCGGCACAGGCGUCAGGUUUCCCAGUGGGAACUGGUUACCAAGGACCAGAACACUGACAUUUGGCUUGAUCCACAACCAGGUGCAACAACUGUGUGUGCACUGGGCUCUGUUUGGAGACAUACCCUCGAGCUGCCAGGCUCAGGGGAGUGACGGGCUCACAGAGACCUAGUGGCUAAAGCUCGGAAAAUAAAUGCAGAUGUUCUCGCUGCACCCUGUCCACUCUGCACUGGGUGCCUUCUGGGCAACCUGGGGGUUUUGCCAUCAUCUGUCACCUCGCCUCACCAGGCGCAAUAAUUGGAAGAAUUCCAAAAUUCUUUGCCUUGGCUAGAAUUUGCUGACAGGGCUCACGAGGGGUGCAGAGGUUGUGCGGCAGCUAGGGGUGGCCAGCUUCUGAAUCUGGUUGUUGUGAGUUGGGGGUGCGGCACAUGGUCGAGUCAGAAAUACUCCAGAGGCUGUUGGCACUGCUGAGGUCCCUGGUCAGUGGCAUUAGGGAGACAAUUUGAGUUCUGAGGUCCAAGAAAGGAAGGGAAGUGCAGUCUGCAAGGGGUGGGGAAGUACCCUAAUCAAGACAGGAUGCACACAUAUACUUUUGUCCCCAUUCCCAUCCCAGUCCUGGGGAGAUUUUCUGCUUCCAUGACCUGGGCCUCUGAUAACUCUGUAGCUUUAUCCCCAUCCAUUCAGAUUUGGCAACCGGCCAGAGAAGGGCCUCUUCCUCCAGGGAGGUGAGAUGUGGCCAUGUUAUUCAGGACCCUUGUUAGGUUACUAGUCUAUUAUUUUAAUUCAACAAACUCUCCCUAAAAUGCUGCACUUAAGAAAAAUAAUUUUUUUAAUUAAAAAUCAUGAACCCACCAAUUGGGUUCCCAUGUCCCCAAAUCCCCUGGCUUCUACUAAUUUCCUUGGACUUGGUUCCCUUUCCUGCCAGUACAUCAAAGUUUAAAAUUACAAGCCAAAUGUCCACGUUCCUCCAGAUACCUGCUGACUUGGUCUGCAUUCAGGUGAGGGGGCUUUAUAAAGAAGACCCAUGUUGCCAGUGACUGGGCAGACCUAACGGCACACCACUGCUGUGGCUAUUGGCAUGUGUCUGUGGUGCGACAUGGAGCAAGUCCUGCAGCCUCGCUUUACCACAUUUGUAAAAUGGGGCUGAUGUCACCUGCCUCUCACCUAUCCCAGAGGGAUGUGGCCAGGUGAACUGAGUGAAUCCGUGAAAACAACCAUUUCACUCCUUGGAUACCAAGUGCUAACACCCCUACACUCUUUUUAUUUUUCACUAAAUGAUACCUUUCUGGUGAAGACAGCUUUUUAUGAGCAGGGCUUUGUUCUCUGUAUGAUUAGCAACUUUCAUCUCGCCACCUGUUCUCUUUGUAGUUAUUGGAUAGCUCAGAUGCAGCCUCUUGCCAAUGUCCUUCAAGUGCUCCUAGAUUCAUUACCUGCCUUGCACCACAUUUCCGGGCUCCUGACUUCCCUGUGACUCCCAGACCCAGGCACCAUUUCUGCUGCCCCACAGCAGGCCAUUAUUAACACUCCCAAAGUUUCGGCCUCCUUCAUUCCCUUGUUUUCUCUGUUGCUGUGUAUGCUGUUGCUGUCACCCAGGCCUUGUCACAGGAGAGGAACAUGCCAUUACAAUGUGUGUCACAUGGUGAUGUGAUGAGAACGGCAGACAGGACAGACACAGUCAAGCUCUAACACUUUAAAAUUCAGAGUGUGAGCUUAAGCAGGAUGGCGGGGAUGAGCCAUGGGGUGCAGAGCUGAACUACCAGUGGGAAGGCCCAGUUCUUCCAACUCAAAUCAGCUAAGCCACCUGCAUUUCCUACGCAGCCAGGAGUGACCUGGAACUGUGCCGAGAGGUGCCUGGAAACCUUUCUCCUCUGCCUAGAGCUUGUUACUGGUAUGGUACCCUUUGUUUUUAAAGGGGAAACAGUCACACUGUUUGAUUCCAAACUGCACAUGAAGAGUUGUUAUAUUCCAGGCUUAAGAAGAUCUUUCCUUCUUCCACAUAUAUAUGCAUUUAUAUGUAUGUGUGGUGUAUUAUUUCAGCUCCAGUGCAAGCAAGUUUGAGCUGGACAGAGGCUAGCUGAUUGCAGGUUGUGUGGCUUUCGUACCCUGAUUCUCCUGUUUCUAAAGGUGAAUUCAUAAAACAUGGAAAUUAGAGCUGGACAGUAAGAGCCAGUGACCUCGCAUCCUCUGACCUGACAUGCAGUGAGGAGAGUGCUGCAGCCUGGAGAAUGGUGCAACUGUGUAAAAUCCUGAUGUGAUUACCCCACCUCUGCCCAGGGAGGGAGGAGGUGCCAUUUUUCUUGUUUUUUAGUCCACAAGAGGAAUCAGACCGGAAGUGACCCAGCUGGAGAAACUCCCACUGUCUCAUUGUCUGUAGAUGCCUCCCCCACUAUUGUCUCCUAACAUGUAAAUACUGUUCGUCUCUGUUUUCUGUGUGUGACAUUUGCCUUAAAACAUAGCAGUCCUCAAAAAUGAAUACACUAUUUCUAUUAGGAUCUG